GUCUGGUUCUACAAAGGACAGUAGGAUAAUUGUUUACCUGCACUAUAGACACUCUUUGUUUGGCUGUUUAUAUGGCUUUCUGUCUAAAUAUGUGGGGCAGUGUAAUAGCCACUGCUUGGUUAAGAUUUUGCCUCCGCCCCCAAACAAGUGUUGUCAGGUGAGUGAGCUCUGCUCCGUCAUUUUAUCACGGAGCUGCCAGACAAGACACAACUGAGGAUUAAAUGAACUGUUUCCCAGAAUGAUGGAUUGGAGUCAGUCGUUACAGGGACAGCAUGACGCUUUCACCUGGUUCACACAGUCCCAGCUCCGGUCUGUGAUCAGGAACGGUAUAAUCCCAGAAUGGUUUCAUGGGAUCAUUACCAGGAAGAUGGCAGAGGAACUGCUCAUGCCGAAGCCUCCUGGUUACUUCCUCAUCAGAGUCAGUGAGACCAGGAUUGGCUACACUCUGUCCUAUCGUGCCGACGACCGCUGCAGACAUUUCAUGAUUGAUGCAUUGGAGGACGGCAAUUACGUCAUCGUAGGUGAGAACAGGCGUCACCGGUUUCUGCAGGACCUUGUCGACUUUCAUCGAAGAACUCCCAUCAUGCCUUUCAGUGAGGUGCUGACUGUCGCUUGUGGACAGUCAUCCAAUGACAAGACAGACUACGCAGAACUUCUGUUUCCCCAAAGACAACCGAAACCAAACGCCAGUUUUCCACAGAACAAAUCCCCACAACUCAACAGGAGACACCCAGUGAUGCAAGAAGAGAUUAUCCCACCUGCUCUUCCUUAUCGACCAAACGACCUGCUUGACUCUACAGUCCCGUCUCCAAACAGCCAGCCAAACAGACUUUACCCAUGUUUGAAAGAAGAAUUUUCAGACAUCACCUCCCCACCUCCAACCAUGCCUGUGCCAUCGACCAGGAAGAGAUACACAGCCGACAACCCUCCAUCCAACCAGCCUCCAGAAGUCCCUGCUCGGACUUGUGUGCCUCCUCUGAAACAGAACCAAGCUUGUAUCAGGACAGUCUCUGCACCUGAGGGUCCCUCCACACCCACAGCCACUGAACACCAGUUCAGUGGCAACACCCAGCCUGUAAAGAACACUGAAGUGAAGCCGUCGGUUGUCACCAACCUGAAGAACCUCAGGAAGAAAUUCCAAAAGAAGAGAAGCACGUCGCAGGAGCAUACGUACACGGAGAUUAAUGUGGAGGCAAACAUUGAGAGCGAGUACCAGGAGAUCACGGGGGAGCAGACCUUCAAUGGUGCGCCAUUUUCCUACUCUCAUUCUGAUGUGACGCUGACUGAUGGAGCGUUACCUCAAGAGUACCUGCCUCCUCCUCCCUUUGCUCCAGGCUACUGAUACACAACUGCCCCCUAAAAAAAAAUAAUAUACAGAUGGACUGAUCACUGGAUUGUGGAAUUGAGUGGAUUGUGUGAAACUAUGCUACAUGCGUCAAACCGACGAUAGCGUAUAAUGGGCACACCCAACCCCAAGUGGAUACAAGCGCAGGGCAUAAAAGCAGCAUUUAAUGAAAAAUGAGAGGUAGACUACACAAUGAAUAUUGAAACUUCCAAAAAGUUUAAUGAUGGGGCAGUUUCACCCUUCAUCAGGGCUCCAGGAAGUUAGUGGUCCCAGCAGAGAAAGCUAAGGUAACUGCUGAAGAUAUGUAUCUCCUGAAAUGUCAAACUAUUGCUUUAAACUUAAGAGAGCUUGCAGAAUACAUUGUGCAAACUGCCUCUCCUUUUCCUUUACACACCUGAAUCAAAGCUUGCUUGAAUGUUGUUAUGAAUACGCAUAAUUUAAUCCAGUUACUCCUUUUUAUACAAAGUUUAGUCUAUAAAAUCCUAUAAAUAGAUUAACCUGCUGUCCAUAUGUUACAGUCAUUGUGCCAGUGACUUAUGAAAGCUUUAUUUUUUUAUUUAUUUGUUUGUUUUUUUGAACAGAGGCAAUACAGAUAAACACUGUUACAUAAAAAGACAUAAUGCAACAGAUGUAAUGGGCCUCUAGCUGAAGCUAACUCCUGCACUGGUUAGGCUUUUUGUAAUGUAGUAAGUAUGAGAGGACUGGAAGAGGAAGUUUUAUGCAGCAUAUGUAAAUCAGAAAUGACACAGUAAAUGUCAUUCAUUCUGUAUUCAAAGGUGCUUUGAAUACAGGAGACGUAUAGCAGACUGUAGCAUCUGAUGCAGAUCUUUUAUCAGGAAUAUGACGAGGAAGUUGGGGGAGAGAAAAAAUGCAGACGCUGGUCAAACUUGUUUUACAAGUGGAAACAUACAGAUCUGUCAGAUUCACUUUUACCCAGUUUCUGGGCACAGAGGGGGCAAUUUCCUAAACACAUUAUGUCAUAGUUAGUGAAAUGGCUGUCAUACCUUUGUCAUGUACUAAUGGUUGGUAGAGAUGAGGAUUAUGAACUAUCUAACCAAUGUGAUGGCCACAAUACUGUAUUUCACUUAUGUCUAUGACUACACAAUGUAUCUACACAAAGCCUGUAAUGUUGUUAUGUGACUGAGCUAAUAAAGCACUUUAUACAAUG